AAAAAUAAAAAAGGAAGAACAGAGAAAGAAGUAGGGAACAGAGAGCGGUCCAAGUCAGCAAGCAACAAUCCCUUCCAUUUUAACGGUGUCGGUCAUUCAUUCACCUCUCCAACCUCCCUUUUCUUUUCUAUCCAUUUCCCAUUCCCAAACACAAAACUCAUUCUUAUUCUCUCUUUUUUCCAUUCUAUUCAUUAAUUAACCAUAAACCACAUCUCCAUAAUAUUAAUAUUAAUUAAAUUGCUUAAUGGCGGCGUCACGGCGGCUCCGUGAGCUUCAAUCCGAAGCAUUAAACAAGAUCUGCGUCGACUGUUCCCAAAAGAAUCCACAAUGGGCCUCCGUUUCCUACGGAGUCUUCAUGUGUUUGGAAUGCUCCGGCAAACACCGUGGCCUCGGCGUUCAUAUCUCAUUCGUCCGAUCUGUUACAAUGGAUUCAUGGUCUGAACUCCAGAUCAAGAAAAUGGAAUCCGGAGGUAACCGAAACCUAAAUUCCUUCCUCGCUCAAUAUGGAAUCCCUAAGGAAACCGAUAUUAUAACUAAGUAUAAUUCAAAUGCUGCUUCUAUCUACCGCGAUCGGAUUCAAGCCAUUGCUGAAGGACGUUCGUGGCGGGACCCACCGGUUGUUAAGGAAAAUGCGAAUACUCGCUCUGGAAAGGGGAAGCCGCCUCUGGCUUCGUCGAACGGUGCUGGUUGGGAUGAUAAUUGGGAUAAUGAUGAUAGUUAUGGAUCUCGCGGUGAUAUUAGGAGGAAUCAGUCUACUGGCGAUGUUAUGGGAUUCGUUGGUGGAGGAAUUUCGCCGUCGAGGUCGAAAUCGACGGAGGAUAUUUACACCAGGACGCAAUUGGAGGCUUCUGCUGCUAAUAAGGAAGGAUUCUUCGCAAAGAAGAUGGCGGAGAAUGAAUCGAGACCGGAUGGGAUUCCGCCGUCACAGGGUGGGAAGUAUGUUGGAUUUGGAUCUAGUCCUGCUCCUUCACAGAGAGGAUCUCCUCAAAGCGAUUAUUUAUCUGUCGUUUCUGAGGGAAUUGGAAAAUUAUCGAUGGUUGCUCAGUCUGCCACCAAGGAGAUAACUGCCAAGGUAAAGGACGGCGGUUAUGAUCACAAGGUCAAUGAAACUGUCACUAUUGUCACUCAGAAGACAUCAGAGAUUGGACAAAGGACAUGGGGUAUAAUGAAAGGGGUCAUGGCAUUGGCCUCACAAAAGGUUGAGGAGUACACCAGAGAUUACCCGCCGAAUGGGAAUUCUGAUAACUGGCAACAAAAUCAAAAUGAUAGACAUGAUUUCAAUCAAGAGAAUAAAGGCUGGAAUUCUUCUACCAGAGAAGGACAACCUUCAUCAAGUGGACAAACUAAUACUUAUCAGUCAAGCUCUUGGGAUGAUUGGGACAGCAAAGAUACAAGGAAGGAAGUUCCAGCUAAAGGAUCAGCUCCUCAUAAGAAUGAUGAUUGGGCUGGCUGGGAUGAUGCCAAAGAUGAUGAUGAAUUUGAUAAUAAAUCUUUUGGUCAUAAUGGGACUUCAGGUUCUGGCUGGACAGGAGGAGGCUUUGUCUAAGGUCUCGGCCUAUAUUUUUCGGUGUCAAUUUUGUCCUAAUUGACAGAAAUACGGUAGCUUUCAGACUGGUGGCAUACAUGCUAAGCAGGGGUGUCAUUUAACAUGGUAACGUGACCAGACUGUCAACUAUAGGUAUGUUUGUCACUAGUAAAAUCAGCCUCCAUAUGUGCAGGAAGAAUUAAUUCUUUGAGGCUAUUGUAUUGUAUGUAAGUCUUUAUUUUUAAUUGUUCUCCCAUGCCUCCUUCCCAUAUAUGUAAUUUUUUCAUUUUGCUGUAAUUUUUUUUUUGGGAACUUCUGUAUGGUUGGAAACGAAGUUUUCCAUUAAAAGUUCCAAAGCAAAGGGGGCAAAUUGCUCAAAUUUACAAUAACCUGGAAGUGUGAUGAAAUAUUAUUGUGACAUGAAAAUUUAAUGAUUGUUUUAAAUCUGUAGCUUUGACAUAUUCAUA